GCACCACCGUGCACCACACCCUUGGCUUUGGUUCAGCCUAGGUCUAGGACGAAACAAAAUGUUGUCCGAGCAGGUGUGUGUGGGUACGGCAUGACGAACGGAGGUAGCGCGUGCGUCUUUGCAAGAUGGCCUCUUGCUUACUAUUUUCAUCCCCUGGGCUUUUGUUUUAUCCUCCUCCUACUUCACGCGUUCGGGUUCCCCUUGGUCUUGCUUCAUCCUCUUUUGGUCGAGAUUGUUGCAGUGUGCGAAGACUAAGAUCUGCAUGUUCUGCUCAGCCACGAUGUGCAGCUGUUUUUUGUGGGUUUACUACAUAGGCUUGCGCUCAUCGACGGACUCGCUUUUAUGUAUCUUGUGCUGCCUCAGCCUCCGUGUCCAAGUCAGACUCAGAACAGACCUUUCUAUUUCUUCAUCAGCAGCCGCGGGCCGCAGCCUUUCUUGUUUUCUCUCCACUUUAUUUUGUUUUAUAUGCAUCCCAGAAAGGUGAGGGGUGAAAAAUCCGCCCCUCCCGAUGAAGCUGAAGGUCAGCGAAGCAGUUUUUACUUUUGGCCUCUUGUUUUUUUUCCUUUCUCCCCACCUAGAGGCGAGCACACAUGUUGUUUUUUUUCUUUUCUCUUCAAGUAAAACUAAAAUGCAAAAGGUCCUCGGACUUUUUUCGGAAGGUAAGAAUGUUCAUCUGAAGCUUCAAAAACUCUGGGAA